GGCUCGAGAGCGCGCGUCUUUGUACAGAAUCUGUGCAGUAAUACUCCACCCGCGCGGAUUUUCUAUUUUCCUAACCUUUUUGUAAACGAUGUCCUCAUCGCGAGCCACCCUUGCUUCUGCCGCAGGCGUUGCAUUUUUUGGCGGAGCAACCUUCGUUUCCACUGGAUCUACGCGCACCGGGAACUUGCGAGCGACUGCCUCCACAGCUUCAGCCUCGGCUCCGGCUGCGCCGGAGGCCAACGUCGCCGGCCUGGCCGUGGCGAGCGUGGCGGUCGCCACUUGCUUUGCCAGCCGAAAGGCCGGAACAAGCACGCGUCAACUGGUGACGCUGACUGCGUUCGAGAACGAGCUCGGUGUGCAGGCUCCUGUGGGAUUUUGGGAUCCCGCCGGUUUUACUGCGGAUGGCAGCACUGAGAACUUUGCGCGCAGACGCCAGACGGAGUUGAAGCAUGGCCGAAUUUCCAUGCUCGCAACCAUGGGAUACAUUACCCCUGAGAUCACCGGCAAAUUCCCUGGGUACCUUUCUCCUUCGGCUGGGCUGAAGUUCGCGGAUGUGCCCAAUGGACUUGCGGCAAUUUCGAAAGUUCCCGCUGCUGGGUGGGGUCAGAUCUUGGCUUACAUGGCCUUCUGCGAGGUGUCCCAGGACCAGUCGGCCGGAACUCCUGCUGCGGCGGGCGACUUCGGAUUCAAGGUGCUCACCGCGUCCGAUCCAGAGGCCAAGAAAACCAAGCUCGCGGCGGAGUUGGCGAACGGCAGACUUGCAAUGAUGGCCAUCAUCGGCAUGUUCUUCCAAGACGGCCUGACAGGAAGCGCCUGGGGUGACUGGGCCAACUACACCGCCUCGCCGCUGCGCGCCUUCGAGAAUGAGCUUGGGGUGCAGGCUCCUGUGGGAUUUUGGGAUCCCGCCGGUUUUACUGCGGAUGGCAGCACUGAGAACUUUGCGCGCAGACGCCAGACGGAGUUGAAGCAUGGCCGAAUUUCCAUGCUCGCAACCAUGGGAUACAUUACCCCCGAGAUCACCGGCAAAUUCCCUGGGUACCUUUCUCCUUCGGCUGGGCUGAAGUUUGCGGAUGUGCCCAAUGGACUUGCGGCAAUUUCGAAAGUUCCCGCUGCUGGGUGGGGUCAGAUCUUGGCUUACAUGGCCUUCUGCGAGGUGUCCCAGGACCAGUCGGCCGGAACUCCUGCUGCGGCGGGCGACUUCGGAUUCAAGGUGCUCACCGCGUCCGACCCAGAGGCCAAGAAAACCAAGCUCGCGGCGGAGUUGGCGAACGGCAGACUUGCAAUGAUGGCCAUCAUCGGCAUGUUCUUUCAAGACGGCCUGACAGGAAGCGCCUGGGGUGACUGGGCCAACUACACCGCCUCGCCGCUGCGCGCCUUCGAGAAUGAGCUUGGGGUGCAGGCUCCUGUGGGAUUUUGGGAUCCCGCCGGUUUUACUGCGGAUGGCAGCACUGAGAACUUUGCGCGCAGACGCCAGACGGAGUUGAAGCAUGGCCGAAUUUCCAUGCUCGCAACCAUGGGAUACAUUACCCCCGAGAUCACCGGCAAAUUCCCUGGGUACCUUUCUCCUUCGGCUGGGCUGAAGUUCGCGGAUGUGCCCAAUGGACUUGCGGCAAUUUCGAAAGUUCCCGCUGCUGGGUGGGGUCAGAUCUUGGCUUACAUGGCCUUCUGCGAGGUGUCCCAGGACCAGUCGGCCGGAACUCCUGCUGCGGCGGGCGACUUCGGAUUCAAGGUGCUCACCGCGUCCGACCCAGAGGCCAAGAAAACCAAGCUCGCGGCGGAGUUGGCGAACGGCAGACUUGCAAUGAUGGCCAUCAUCGGCAUGUUCUUUCAAGACGGCCUGACAGGAAGCGCCUGGGGUGACUGGGCCAACUACACCGCCUCGCCGCUGCGCGCCUUCGAGAAUGAGCUUGGGGUGCAGGCUCCUGUGGGAUUUUGGGAUCCCGCCGGUUUUACUGCGGAUGGCAGCACUGAGAACUUUGCGCGCAGACGCCAGACGGAGUUGAAGCAUGGCCGAAUUUCCAUGCUCGCAACCAUGGGAUACAUUACCCCCGAGAUCACCGGCAAAUUCCCUGGGUACCUUUCUCCUUCGGCUGGGCUGAAGUUCGCGGAUGUGCCCAAUGGACUUGCGGCAAUUUCGAAGGUUCCCGCUGCUGGGUGGGGUCAGAUCUUGGCUUACAUGGCCUUCUGCGAGGUGUCCCAGGACCAGUCGGCUGGAACUCCUGCUGCGGCGGGCGACUUCGGAUUCAAGGUGCUCACCGCGUCCGACCCAGAGGCCAAGAAAACCAAGCUCGCGGCGGAGUUGGCGAACGGCAGACUUGCGAUGAUGGCCAUCAUCGGCAUGUUUUUCCAGGAUGGCCUGACUGGCAGCGCCUGGGGUGACUGGGCGAACUACACGGCUUCCCCUUUGCGGUGAGGCAAUUGGCUCGACGAUGCAAGGACGCAACGCAUAGGAGGCCGCUGAGUUUGGCAGGACCAGACUUGGAGAGGCCAAAAGGAA